AUGGGCUUCAGUAAUUGGGCGAAGGAGCAGCUCCAUGCAUCCUUGCCGAAGUGCUACGUGGUCGUAAACACUGACUUACGCUCCUCGUCUUCGGGGUUGCGCUAUCGUCGGUCGCCAUCCCACGACGAUGAUGCGAAAGUGACCAAGUUGAAGCCAGUGCCUUGGGACUCCUUCGUCUGCGGCACCUUGGAAUCCGAUGGCGCGUUUCUCAAGCUGGAGGACGGGCACUACUUGCCGGUCUUCACCCAAGGUGGGGUUCGAGUACUCCAGGAGAUUGAAAGAGAAAAGGAAGAGGGCAACCACGAAGGUUAUACGGGCUCGACCCAGCCUGACAGCUUUGUUUUCGAUGGGCCUGGCGCUUGGUACGAGGUGAUCCCGGAGCGCGUGGCGUUGCGAGUUGGGCCUUCCUUGGGAGCCAAAGCGCUGGGCCAAAUUCGGCGUGGCGAGCACGUGGAGCUUUUUGGUUGGGAUGAGACGGGCAAAUGGCGCGAAUGCGUGGAUCAUCGUUUGUCGCGAAGCGGCUUCGUCAUGUUGGACCACCCUGAGCUCGGUCCUUUGCUGAGGCCCUGCGGGGAACCCUUGUGCAUACGGCCCCUGAAUGUUGUGGCUGUGGCGGCUAUGGAAGGCCGCUAUGUGGACCUGGACCGUUUCCUUUCUGGCCAGGACCACAAGGACCGCAAGGAUUUUGCAGAUUUCGACUUCCAAGAUCCUCGUGGCCCGGCAAUCGUCUUGGCGGCACAAAGAGGCCAGUGGCGUUGUUGCUUGCGGCUGCUGCGUGCAGGCGCCACCGAAGGCAACAGUGCGGAACUCCGGGCACUGCGGCGCUGCACCCCGGAAGAGCUGGAGGAGCUUCAGCGGAAAAACGAGGCGGAGCUUGGGCUUUGGGUCUCGCAUCAGUGCAGCGAAGUGGGUGGCAACGGUGCCGGUCCCGAACCCGUUGAAUCCACUGAAGCCACUGAAGCCACCGGAGCCACUGAAGCCAAUGAAACCAAUGAAUCCAUCAGUGCCCCAAUCAACGCCCCGGAUGGAACCGUAAAGACAGAAGUACAGAAAGGCCAGAAAGGAGGGGAACUUUACGAGGUUGUUUACGACUCCGUGUGGAUUCGGCGUGAGCCAGAUGCAAAAGCAUCCCGGGUCAGCAAGCGCAUCAAAGGUCAGCGCUUGCAGAUUCUGGAGUUUGAUGAGAGCGGCUUUUGGGGGCGGACUGCCUUCAAGACCAGUGAGGGUAUGGACGAAGGAUGGAUGCUGCUGGCCCACGGUGAGUUCGGUGAACUUCUGCGGCCCGUGCAGGACGAUGGGCAAGGCUUCGUGGUCCGGCCACAGUAG